AAAACCGUUCUUCGAUAGUGCUGCAGAUGAAUAAUCGACUGAAGCCUGGAAAAUGAAACACAUCUUUCCACAACAAAGAAGCUGUCUUUUUACGAAGUUGACCUUUAUCUUGUUUGGACUGGCCAUGACACAAGCGGGUAUCAACCGAGUAUCUCAAGGAGGCGUUUCUUACUUCAAUUUGAAGACCGAACAGUUUAGCUACCUGAACAUCACAAGAAUCGGUUCAGAACUUGUCCAAGAUGGCAGCGAGUGUGGAUUUUCCUGUUUGGAAGCCUCUUUAUGUUUUUCUUACAACCUGGCUACAUUUUCCGAUGUCAAUGGAAAACUGCUGUGUGAACUACUUCCAUCGGACAAGUAUAACAACUCAGAUAAAUUUAUCUACAGCCCGAUUUUCAACCACGUCAGUAUCUUGAACCCUUGCUCCAACAAUCCUUGCAUGAAUGGUGCAACUUGCGUGGCUAAGUACGACGAUGACGAUUAUCAGUGCGCAUGCUCUCCAGGAUUUAGGGGAAAGCUCUGUCAAAUAGCUCUUAGGAAAGACUGCAAAGAUAUCAAGAGCCGAGGUGACUCUGUGGGAGAUGGUAUGUAUCUUUUGGACCCGGAUGAAGGAAGUCUUUCUAAUGCAUUCUGGGCCUACUGUGAUAUGACGUCAUACAACGGAGGUUGGACCAUGUGUUACACUACCCAUGAAUAUGUCAAACCCAGGACAGAAGUCACAUAUAACGCUCAGUUUCCUUACGGAAGUGACGGCUACAGGACCAACUGUAACAACAUCCCUUUUACAGAGAUCAUGUUCUUGGAUCGUCAAACUUUGGCUAAAGUAUACUUCAAACGAAAAACCAACCAGUCUAUGACGGCAAAUUUAAAUUAUGGGAAUGGCGCUUCUGCGUAUGAAUUGUGGGAAGGUGUGGGAGUGACCGAUGCCUACUCUUACCAGCUGCUGAUCUGUGAUGACUCAUUCUACAGUGGCUUCUUCGUUUCUGGUUACACAAGUUGUUACAAGCAGUGUGGUUACUGGUGUGGCGAUACUGUCUCCCCCUACUUCCGUACUGCAUCAACCAGUUCGAGUUACUUAGGUGUGGCCUUUAACACCAAUGGCCACCAUUCAGUCGAUAAAAGGCUCAUUAGUGUCGGUCUGCGCUGAGGCGUUUACGUAUUUUUUUCAAAAUGAUCGCAUUUUGAACAGUUAACCUAGAAUCACUUAGGUAUCGCUGUACUAUACUGUGUCAUUGGUCUUAAAACUCGCGCCACUUUCCCAGCCAAUCAGAUUCAAAACUAAAGCCAGUCGCGACUAGAUCUCAUGCGUGUUCCCCCUUCAUGUCAUUUGAUUUGUAAUUUGAGUCCUUGUGAUAUUUUCUUCUUUCUUCUUUUUUAUUUUUGUUUAACGACACUAAAUCGUAGGGCGCUCGAACAGAUGUCUGACAUACCAUAAGCUAGGCUUAUACAAUAUAUGCAAGCCAAGAAGCCCUCUUCGCCUAGCUAGGUUAUCGGACAUUGUAUCACUAUUAUACAUUUACAACAACGACUACAACAAUACAUGUAAUAACGGGCUUAAUUUGUAUGAUUGUGACAGGAAAUAACGGUAUAGCGAAAGCUAUGGAAAUCAAAUCAAGUUGUAACAAUUCAAGGAUGAGGAGGAAUGAAAUGAAUUAAAACAAACAUUCAUUAUUCGCUUCGAUCAUCAUCAAAAGGCUAGAGAGGAAAAUUUAUGAUCGUUUUGUUGUCGUGGAUAUCAUGUU